AUGGCAUCAAGGAGUUCUGGACCUGGAGUGACGUUGGAGGACUGGCAUUCAUGCAGGGUGCGGGCGUCUGGCGGGGGCGCGUCUAGGGUGGCGUGCCAGCCCAUCCACGCGCUCAACCCGUACAGCAACGACUGGACCAUCCGCGCAAAGCUGGUCUCCAAGGCGCCCCUGCGCCACUUCGACAAGGCCGGCCAGCAGCAGGCCGUCUUCGGUGUCGAGGUCGUCGACGACCAGGGGACGACAAUAGAGAUAACGCUGUGGCGGGGCCUGGCGGAGAAGUUCUACGACCACCUGGAGGAGGGGCGCGUUUAUAUCUUCCGCCGCGGCCAAGUCAAGCUGGCCAACAAGAACUACAAGACCGUGCGCAACGACUACACCAUCCACAUGGACAACGGGUCGGAGAUCGAGCAGUGCGAGGACAGCGACGUGUCCAAAAUGACGGCCAAGCUCAAGUUUGUGGAUUUUGAGCGCCUGCCCAUGUACGCCGGCAAGAAGACCCUCGUGGAUGUUCUGGGCAUCGCGACCGCCGUCGGCCCGCUCGGCAGCGUCAAGCGCAGCCGCGACGGCACCGAACUGGCCCGCCGCGACGUCACCCUCGUGGACCAGGGGGCGAAGACGGUGGUGGUGACGCUGUGGGGGAGCACGGCGGAGGAAGUUGGCGCGCAGCUGGAGCAGCAGCCGGACGCACUCAUCUCCAUCAGCUCCUGCCGGGUCACCGACUUCAAUGGGGUGUCGCUGUCGACGGUGACGCGGAGUGGGGUGAGCGUGGAGCCGGAGGGCGAGCGUGCUGACGCGCUGCGGCGCUGGUGGGAGUCAGACGGCCGCACCGCGCCCACGCAGCACCUCGGAGAGGGCCUCGCCUCCGCCAAGCGCGCGUCAGGCGGCGCUGCGGAGCUGCAGACGUUUGCGCAGCUGCGGGUGGGGAAGGAGGAGCUGCCACCCGCGGACGCCAAGCCACAGUACCACACAGUCAUCGCGACCGUGGCCAACAUCGACUCCCAGCAAUCCCUCUACUACGAGGCCUGCCCCGACAACAACCGCAAGGUGGUGAAGCAGGGAGAGGGGUGGUUCUGCGAGUACGACCAGCAGACCUACAUGGCCAUGGUGCGGCGCUACGUGAUGCUGGCCAAUUGCGUGGACGCCUCAGGGGACUGCCUCCUCUCCGUCUUCAACGAACAGGCUGAGGCGUUGCUGGGCAUAAGUGCGGAUGAAAUAGCGACACUCAAAGAGGACGAGACCAACCCGGGCCCCUACGAGGCAGUCCUAAAGCGCGCCCAGUGGUCCGAAUGGGUCCUGCGAGUGCAGUCCCGCACCCAGGAGUACAAUGGGGAGCUGCGGCAGAGGCUGAGCGUGGCCUCGCUCAAGCCGGUCAGCUACGUGGAGGAGAGCCGCCGCAUGGUCCAAGCCCUUGACCGCCUCAGGGCCGCCUGA